AAAGUAUUUUAUUUCAGUGCAAGGAAUUUGAAAGAAGCAUAUUUAAUUCUUCGAAAGAAGAGUAACGGCAAGUUAUCAACUCCAUGUGGAAUGCGCGUAAAAAUAGCAAUAACGCCAAACUGUGCGCUGAACAUAUCCGAAUUUGAGGACAAUCAAGCGAAAAUUGACGAUCGUUUCAAACAUACAGACGUCUGCGACAUCUUGUCUGGUCACGCUUUGGACGAAAAAUCAGUACACAACUAAUUUUAUUAUUCAUUUUUUGCAGGGUUGCAGAAAAAGAUGUCCGUUUGGUCAUCGGAAAAUUGGUCGAUGCCAUCGGAUAUUUCAAUGAUACAAUUUCAAUAGUAGAUGGAGUAUUCGAGGAGUUAGGCUUCAAUAUUGAAAAUAUCUCAGCGGCAAAAAAAAUAUCGCAUUUAGUUCGUAAGAUGUCACCAAAGGGUAAAUAUCCAAAAUAUCCGAUGGACAAGCUAUGCGAUGGUUUCAACCACGCUGCUUUUGACUUCACAUUCAAAAUACGACGAAAAACAUUUGGAGACUCGACUGACCCUUUGCCCAGAAUGUUGUAUGAUAUCUCAAGAAAAUGCAAAGCUUACAGAAAGCAACUUAAUAUCAUGAGGGAAGCUGUCGAAAGAAACCGUGCAACAAACCAAACUCACGAAACCGGUGAAGAUGCUGAAAACCCGAAAGAUUCGACUGUUAACCAAAUCGUCGUUGAACACCGCAGUAAAACUCCUCCGGCUGUUAGCGUUUGAACAAACCCAAAUGAUGUGACCAUUCAUUCCAAUGCAAACGUUACGACUGUUGCCGAAACCAUUGAUUCCAACGCAAACGCUUCUACAGCCGCCGGUAAGGGGUCCGCUGGCGAUGGCGAUGCUCUAAACACAUCUCCAACAAGCAGUGAUAGUGUUUCUAUUGCUUUUUCGGAACCACGUUCAUUGGAUGAUACGGAACAAGAUGUGACGGACGAGUUCACAUUGGGGCAAUUCGAUCAGCCAGGAGAAAAGAAAGAAACAAAAUAGAAACAAAUAAAAAACUUCCAAGAAAAUCAUUUUACAUUCGUUAUAAAAUUUAAUGCAAUUUCGGUAGAUACAAUAAUACAAUAAAUGAGAAAUAAAUUGGGCAGUUAAUUG